AUGCCUCCGCGAAUAAACAUCCCGCCCGUCACAAGGGCGCUGCUCGGCGCGCUCCUCUUCCAGUCCUUCCUCAGCGCCGCGAUACGGUACCGACAGUGGACAGAGACGGCUCACAUCGUCAUCCCCUACCUGACGCUCGUGCCGCAGCUCUCCCUUGUAUAUCCCUGGACCUUCCUCACAUCGGCGCUCGUCGAGGGCAACGUGUUUACCCUCGCCAUCGCGGGCCUGACACUAUACCAUGGCGGCCGGUACCUGGAGCGGGCUUGGUCGUCGGCCGAGCUCGCGAAAUUUGUGGUCCUGGUCUGCCUGGUCCCGAACGUCCUGACCUUUCUCGUCAUGAUCUUCUUCUUCAGCUUGACUCGGAACGAGAGCUGGACUCUUACCGUCAUAUCGGGAACCGUGUCCCUCCAAAUCUCCUUCCUCGUCGCCUUCAGCCAGCUCGUCCCUGCGCAUACCGUCACACUCUUCCGCGGCAUCCUGUCUCUCAGGGUGCCGCGGUUCCCGCUGGUGUACAUGGGCAUCGUGACGCUGCUCUCCCUAACGCCGUUGCUGUCGCGGGCAGCCUUUUGGCUCUCCCUGUUCGGCCUCCUCACGAGCUGGACGUACCUGCGAUUCUACAAGACCGUCUUCCCCGACCUCGACUCGUCGCAGCCGGCGUCCCUGCGCGGUGACGCAAGCGAGACUUUUGCUUUUGCCGAGUUCUUCCCCAGCCCGGUCAAGCCGUUUGUGGCCGCACUGGCCGAUCAGAUUUUCGAUGUGCUCGUCGCGGUGCGCAUCUGCACGCCCUUCUCCCAGGCGGACAUGUCUGCCGCUCGCGGCGACAGGGCGCUGCAGCGGGGCACGCCUGGCAGCGCCCGCGCGGAGGCGGAGCGGAGGAGAGCCAUCGCCCUCAAAGCUCUUGACCAGAGGCUCAACGCCGCGACGGCCGGCGCCGCCAGCAGGGCACCUCCUCCGGCCCCCGUACAGCCCUCGGGGCCGACGGUCCAGGCGCAGCCGCAGUCGAGCACCCAGACGGCCAUGACGUCGCAGCCGGGGCAGCUGCUCGGCGAGACCAAGUUCGAGCCGGACCAUGACGAUGGGCCUGGCAAGAACUGA